UGGCGCUCCACUCCAGCACUUCUUAUCUUCAACCACAUCUCUUCGCGUUGUUAGAGCGAUUCCCCGAAGAGCACCAGGAACUCGCAACAAUGCUUAUCCCCAAGGACGACCGCAAGAAGAUCCACGAGUACCUCUUCCGCGAGGGUGUGCUCGUGGCCAAGAAGGACUUCAACCAGCCCAAGCAUGGCGACAUUGACACCAAGAACCUCUACGUGAUCAAGGCCUGCCAGUCCCUGACCUCGCGCGGUUACCUCAAGACCCAGUUCUCGUGGCAGUACUACUACUACACCCUCACCCCCGAGGGUCUGGACUACCUGCGCGAGUGGCUGCACCUCCCCGCCGAGGUCGUCCCCGCCACCCACAUCAAGCAGCAGCGCUCGCACGCUCCCCCCCGCGGCAUGAUGGGCGGUGAGGAGCGUGAGCGCCGUCCCCGCGCUCCCCGUGAGGGUGGCUACCGCCGCCGCGAGGAGGGUGGCAAGGAGGGCGGUGCCCCCGGCGAGUUCGCCCCCAGCUUCCGCGGUGGCUUCGGCCGUGGCCGUGGCGCUCCCCCUUCUUAAGUGGGGUUGCUCAGUUAUGAGGGACUUCGAUGGGUUGCUUGCAGGUUGCGGCUUGACUAGGCUUUGCUGAAAGAGUCGUUGUGGCUUGCUUGCUCGUCCGAUCAAAAAAAAUAAGAAAAAUAGAAUAUGGGGAUAAUGUUUGUGCAUUGGGGCUGUUCUUGAUGGUUGAUGGAUUAGCUAGGUCAAUGCCAUGAUUAUUAUGAUCCACUACUUGGUUUAUGC